AUGGCGGAGAUGGGCUAUUUCUUGGCGUUAGCUGCGCUUUCCAGCCUCCUCUGGGUCGGAUCAGCAUUCCAACCCUUGGUGUAUUGGUCCAUACACCCCGGGCACCGAUACGGAUUUGUGUCAAAUGAGAUCACGGCUGACUUUGAGGAAUGCAGCGCCGCAUGCGCCCAGGACAAGCCGUCAUUCCGGUGCCACGCCUUCAACUUCAAGGAGACGGAUGGCACCUGCCAGUUGGUUUACGAGGGAGGCGGCGAGCUCGUCCCUGAAAACGGGUUCCAAGCUUUUGUCAAA